UGUGGCAGCCCCAUCAAAUAUUGGAAGACCGCUAUCGUCUCCCCGCCGGUCCUUCUUUUCACUAGACUAGACAAACUCAAGUCUUGCAACUGGAUUUCAGGUUGCGAUAGACUCUACCUCGGGAAUACCUCUCCUCUCGCCUCACGUUUCGCCCUGCUUUUUGUUUUUCCUCUGGCCCUUUACCUUUACCACAGAUAUGCAAAAGAGGGUAGGUAUCUGUCCAUUGUUGAAGCUCCCUCCGUACAUUUGCAUGCUGCUGUCUCCCAGGCUGGUAGAGCUGGGGAGCAGGAAGAGGGACAGUCUGAACAACACCAAGCAUUUGAGGAGAGCUGAGGAAUGUCAUAGAUGGAGCUGCCCAGCCUGGAUAGAGAAGACCCUCCGGCUGAAAAGUCCAGCCGGCAGGAAGAUCUCAAGAUGGAAAGCCGAAAGUCUCCUUUGAAAACCCCUCAGAAGAUUUCUUUGCUGUCUUCUCCGUUGCGAGCCGUGGUUCGUCUUCGGAGGACGGCCCACGUGCUGAAAAAAGGCUUCUUGCCCGGAGACAGACUUCUGCAGAGACAACUUUCCUUGGGGAAAGGUAAAUUGAGUAGCGUCUCCAAUCAAGCCUCUUUGAACAAUUCCCAGUAUUUCACAUUCGACACCUCCAGCCCGGUCCCGGUGACCAAACCCAAACGACGUAAAAAGAAGUUGAGGAACCCCCGGGUGCUGUACCCCGAAAGCUCAAGGAAAUACCUGCCCACUGAGCACACGAGCAAAGCCACCCGCUUCCUCCUCUUGUUUGUGGCCAUCAUCUGCUUCCAGAUCCUCAACGCCAUCGAGAACUUGGAUGAUAAUCUCAUUAAGUACGACCUGGACGGCUUGGAGAAGACCAUGGCUCGGGAAGUUUUUGGGCAGCCCUUGGUCAUCGAAAGGGUCAUGGGGUUGCUGAAGGAUUACUUGGCCACCCACGUCCACAACAAACCCUUGGUGAUCUCCUUCAACGGUCCAAGUGGGGUUGGGAAGAGUCACAUCGGCUGGCUUCUGGCCAAGCAUUUCCGGUCCGUGAUGGGAUCCCAUUCUGUGCUCCAUUACUUCACGGUGCACCACUGCCCCAAUGACACCUCGGUCUCCACCUGCCAGCUGGAGCUAUCAGAGACCAUCGGAGACAUGGUGGCCCAAGCUGAAAUGGAAGAAGUCAUCCCGGUGUUUAUUCUGGACGAGGUGGAAUUCAUGCCCAACCCUCUGCUGGAGACCCUGGGUGGCUUCUUCCAGAAGAACCAAACCAACGAAUACCUCAACGCCAUCUAUAUCCUCAUCAGCAACCUGGGAGGUGAGGAGAUCACCCAUCACUUUCUCCAGAACAUCUCCAAUGACUCAUUGCAGCCUCAGAUGGAAGCGCUCCAGAGCGCUCUUCGACCCGUCCUGAGUCACCUCCACCCUUUCUGGAGAGGGGUGGAGACCGUUCCCUUUGGGUUGUUGGAGAAAGUCCACAUCUUGAGCUGCUUCUACGAGGAGAUGAUGAGCGAAGGGAUUUACCCAAACGCCAGCCACAUCGAAUGCUUGGCUGCUCAGCUCAGCUACUACAAAAAGGCAGGGAAGGAAUUUGGAAGAACUGGUUGCAAACAGGUAGUAGCCAAAGUCAAUCUCCUAUGAGAACAGAAACAGCUAGUCCCCGACUUAUAACAGUUCAUUUAGUUAGAACAGCACUGGAAAAAAAGUAUCUUGUGACCGUUUUUCACACUUACAACGGUUGGGCACCCCCAUGGUCACGUGACCAAAAUUCAGACCCGGAUUCAUAUUUAUGACCUUUUGCAGUGUCCUGGAAUUACGUGAUUCCCCUUUUGGGACCGUUGGAGGAACAAAGUCAACCAGUUUCGCUUAACAACCGUUGCCAAUUUAACAGACUGGUCCUUCCUUCUCUCCCCCCUCGUUCAAACGUUGCCGUUUGUGCAAACCACAUUAUGUGGGAUAAACACAGGCUGGUUGACAAGCACCCAAGUUUCCAUCACGUGACUGCAGGGGUGCUGUGACAGUGAUACGUGCGAGGACUUAUCACUCACUUUUUUUCCCCCGCCCAUCGUUAACUUGGAACAGUUGCUAAAGGAAGAGUCUUCAGUAACUGUACUUUUUGAAAAAGGUGGGGGGCUGGUUGAAGAUGGGCAAGGUUAAGCGGAUCUGGUUAAAUUGGAAUGGGUGGGGAUUCAAGGACCCAUAAAAAUGGGUCCUUCCCUCUCCCCUCAUUCAAACGUUGUCGUUUUGUGCACACCUCAGGGCAGAUCGCCACAAUAAAUAGAACGUGAAACAGGC